UUUAUGUUUUAUUUAUAGAAGCGCUACAUGAUGUUGUCCACCAGGUGGCAGCAGUCAGAUACGAGCGUAAAAGUCACUGCGCAUGUGCGGUUUAACAUUAUUCAACCAACAUGGCAGCGCUCUACGUGACAGUCAGGACGGCUCUGAAAGGUGCACCCCUCGGCUCUGUCCGGUGGCUCCUGGCCCAGAGGAGCAGCUCUGCCCCGGCUCUGGCUCACUGUCUGCGGCUACAGCUCUCCCCUGCUGCCGCCCUCAGCAGCUCCAGGACGGAGCCCCAGAGGAGCAGCACCAGGAGGCCCGGGGAGGAGCAGCAGGAGCAGGAGGAGGAGGAGGAAGGUCCUGAAUACAUCCCCAGGAGAAGGAAGGCCAAGAACCCCAUGAUGAAGAUUGGUUAUGCCUGGAUGAUCGGCCUCCCUACAGGCAUCAUCGGCUUCAUCCUCACCAAGAGACAAGUGGACAAGAACCGACUGAAGCAGCUGAAGAUCCGACAGAGGAUGAAGACGUCCAACGAGGGAGAGUACGAAGGCAGCCGCUACCGACAGCACCAGGACGUUAAACUGGACCAGUGAGCUCCAUGUUGGGCUGCACCACAGCACACAGACUGAACUUUAUCAGCUCCACGUCUCCAGAAACCUCUUUCAGUUCGAAAAGAGGACGCUGCAGGAAACCUGGACAGGAACGAGUCUGACUGACUUUUGUUGCUCGUAAUUAAUGAACAAAGAUGAUCUGACUGUUCUCUGGAGAAUGACCACAUACAGUCAUGGAAAAAAUGAUUAGACCAGCUUUGUUUUCUUCAAUUUCUUGUUCAUUUUAAUGCCUGGUACAACUAAAGGUUCAUUUGUUUGGACAAAUAUAAUGAUAACAACAAAAAUAGCUGAUAAGAGUUUAAUUUAAGAGCUGAUACUCUAGACAUUUAACAUGGUUUUAUUGAUCAUGAUUUUGGUUAUUAUCAAGAAAACCAUGUUAAAUGGGAGGCCGAUCCUCCUGAGAGGAGAUUUGAUUAUUUUUACUCAGUGGGCUGGACACACACUGCAAAAAAACAACUAGAAUUAAGCAAAUACAUGCUUGAAACAUGUAAAAUCAUCUGCCAGUACAGUAAGUAAAAGUUUCUUUGUAAGAAUUGUUUCACUAAGGAAAAUAUCUCGGCACUGGAAAAACCAACGAUGUCUUGAAAUAAAUCAAAAUAUACUGAUUUUGAGCUCUGUAGUGACACUAAAAUAAGCCAGUAAUACUUGAAACGAGCAUGUUUUGGUGGUAGAAAAUGCUUUUGAAGUAGAAUUCAAACUGAAUGCAACUAGAACUCUCAAUUGGAGCCAGUAUUUUAGGUAUAUUUGUCUAAACAAAUGAGCCUUUAGUUGUAACCGACAUUAAAAUGAACUGAAUUGAAGAAAAAGGGUGCUCUAAUAAUUUUUUCCAUGACUGUAUUUAUGAGCCCUGAUGCUGAUGUUCUAUUAUGUUAUAAAAAAGAAAUAAAUGUAUAUUUAUAAAUCUGUGAAUACAUAAAACAAGAAUCACUUGUCCAACUAACUGCACAUGAAAAGCACAUCAAAACUCACAAAUACAAAUGUUUAUUUGAUAUUAAAAGGCAAAUUCUGCUCAUCAUUGAUAUUUAUAUUUACAAAACCCAAAACACCGCAGAGCGUCUGUGCUGCACAUUCAAAAGUCUGCCUUCGUUUGCAGUUUGGGCUGAAAUAUGAGCCACCAGAAACUGAAUCUGAAAUAUUUAUAUUUGAAUUGAUUAACUUGAAUAAUUGCAUUAAAAAAAACAGGUUCUGAAUUGUAAUUUGCGAUUUAAUUUAUUUGUUUGGAACUGAACAUUCAGUUCUCACAAUUUAAAUUCAAUUUUCUGCAGGUAGUUGAGGCCAGAGCAAUCGAGCGCAGAAAACAGAUGUGCUGAUUGGCAGAGAGGCGCUCUGUGUAUCUGCACUCGAUUGCUCUGGCC